CAACUUACCAAAUAAGUCCAUGAAAAAUGUAAAAAUAUCAUGACUUUGAUUUCAAUCAAAUGUUAAAACCUUUGUUGAUGAAUUGAAAUUCAUACUCAUUCCAGUGUGGCAUUAAAUGCUAAGCUGUUGAAUCUAUAGAUAUGGCUUCCCUCUCUCUCACAUUCUCUUCUUCAAUCGCUCCCUCUCCAAUUUCUCCACACAAAUUCAACAAAACCCGCAACCCUAAACCCAAAGUUCCAAUUUUUCCCAUUACCCGUUUCGCAAUUUCAUCUCCACCUUCUGCAUCUGCUUCUAAUUCCUCCUCAGUUGUCAAAAAGAAACACUGGAAACAGGGUGAGUUUCCUGGUUUUUCCGAAACAUCGUUACCUGGGAGUACGAAGAGGAGUCCCAUUAAAAACCUCAAGAAAAAAUUGGACAGAAAGAACGAUGCUAAAGCAUGGGUUAACACUGUUACUGAAGCCUUAUCUGAAUGCAUUGACAAGAAGCAAUGGCUUCAAGCUCUUCAGACAUUUGACAUGCUCAGAGAACAAUCCUUUUACCAACCCAGAGAAGGGACUUACAUGAAACUCAUUGUGCUACUUGGAAGAUCCAGUCAACCCCAUCGUGCCCGUCAGCUUUUUACCACAAUGAUUGAAGAGGGUUGUGAUCCUACUCCUGAACUAUACACGGCGUUACUUGCUGCAUAUUGCAGGAGCAACAUGAUUGAUGAGGCGCUUUCAAUUCUUAAUGAGAUGAAGAAUCAUCCUCUUUGUCAGCCUGAUGUUUUCACUUACAGUACGCUGAUAAAAGUCUGUGUGGAUGCCUUUAAAUUCGAAUUGGUUGAGUUGAUGUAUGAAGAAAUGGCUCAAAGAUCCAUCAUGCCUAACACUGUCACGCAGAACAUUGUUUUGAGUGGUUAUGGCAAGGCAGGGAUGUUUGAUCAGAUGGAGAAAGUACUGUCAAGUAUGCUGCAGAGCACUAGUUGCAAGCCUGAUGUUUGGACAAUGAACACAAUCAUUAGUGUCUUUGGUAAUAUGGGUCAGAUUGAUAUGAUGGAGAAAUGGUAUGAAAAGUUCCGUAAUUUCGGAAUAGAACCAGAAACACGCACUUUUAAUAUCUUGAUUGGUGCGUAUGGAAAGAAAAGAAUGUACGACAAAAUGUCGUCUGUUAUGGAGUAUAUGCGGAAGUUGCAAUUUCCAUGGACCACGUCUACUUAUAACAAUGUGAUUGACGCAUUUGCUGAUGCAGGUGAUGCUAAAAACAUGGAGUAUACAUUUAAUCAGAUGCGUUCUGAAGGUAUGAGAGCAGAUACCAAGACAUUCUGCUGCCUUAUCAACGGCUUUGCAAAUGCAGGCCUCUUUCAUAAAGUGAUUAGCAGUGUUCACUUGGCUGCGAAGCUUGAGACACCUGAGAACACUGCGUUUUAUAAUGCAGUCUUAUCUGCAUGCGCAAAGGCAGAGGAUUUGAUGGAAAUGGAGAGAGUUUUCAAGCGUAUGAAAGAUAACCAAUGUCAACCGGACAACACAACAUACUCGAUCAUGGUCAAGGCAUAUAGAAAGCAGGGUAUGAGUGACAAGAUAUAUUAUCUGGAGCAAGAAAAGCAGACGAUGAUAACCGAUGAUAAGAUAGUGAACCAGCCUGAGGAUGAACUCUUUAGUUGAUUUGUGGAUUAUAGUCCAGAGUAUUGCUAGUACAUCUGUUUUCUUCAGUCUCCUCCAUCUGUCAUGAGCAGCUGUUUAAUUUUGUUUUGGCAUGGAAGAGAGUGACUAGCUGCCGGGUUGCAUUUCCAGCUUCAUUUUUCAUGAUGAAUGACAGCAACUCCUGCCUAACUUCUACAUUUUUGUAGUUGUAAAGUUGAAUUUAUUUUUUACAUCCAUUUAACUUACAGAAAAUAAAUUUAAACAUCUGCAUUUUUUAGUGUACAGGGUUCAUGAACUGAUAACUGACUUUAGUAGUGUCUAAAAUUAUAGGGCACCAACUAUACUUGUGCUCUUACUUUUGUAAUUUACGUAAUUGUAUGAUAUAUCUGGAUGAUGGCUUAUAGUUUAGUUUUAUAAACGUGAUUCACCGUA